AUGGCAGGUGAGGACCACCCCUGGCAGGGUAGCAUCCUUUACAAUCUGCUUAUGAGCGCGAAGCAGAAGGAAGCGGCUACCGAGGCGUCCCAGAAGCGGCAGGAAACUCCCUGCUGGGGCUGCGCCUGUGGCGCUCAGUCCGUCGUAGGCAGGGAGGGAUCGCCCGGCGGGCAAGCCAUGGCACUCCUGUACCGCUGCUGCUUUUGCGGGGAGAACCACCCGCGCCAGGGCAGCAUCCUCUACUCAAUGCUCACCAGCGCCCAGCAGACCCGCGCGGUGGUGGAGGCACCCAGAGCGCGUUUCGGAGCUCCGUGCUGGGGCUGUGCCUGCGGCAACGCUGAGCCCCUGAUGGUCGGUGAGGGGCCGCCCAGCAACCGGGCGCCAUCGCUCCUGUACCGCUGCUGCUUCUGCGGAGAAGAGCACCCGAGGCAGGGCAGCAUCCUAUACAGCUUGCUCACCAAUGCCAGCCAGAUGCACGUGGCUCCUGAAGCGCCCGAAGCACGUCGCGGAGCCGCGUGGCGGCAGCUGUCCUACUGUGCGCAGAGGUUGAGUAGCCCCGAGGGGCUGCAGGGCGCACAGGCCACGGCAUUCCUGUACCGCAGCUACGUGAGCGGUGAAGAGCAGCAGCCGCAGCAGGACAGUGUAGUCUCCAGCGUGUCGGUGAGCUCAGAUCAACCGCGCGCGGUUGCAGAAGCGCAGCCGAGGGCCCUCUGGUGGGAUACCUCGAAUGGUGCGCAGCGGCCAGUAGCCCUCAAGAAUCCACAGGUGGUGUGCGAGGCAGCAUCGGCUGGCCUGCUGAAGACGCUGCGCUUCGUGAAGUACCUGCCCUGCUUCCAGAUCCUGCCCCUGGAUCAACAGCUGGUGCUGGUGAGAAGCUGUUGGGCGCCCCUGCUCAUGCUUGAGCUCGCCCAAGAUCACCUACAUUUUGAGAUGGUGGAGAUCACAGAUCCCAGCGUGCUGCAGAAGAUGCUCACCAACAGGCCACAGGACAACGAAAGCCAGGAGGGAGCAGGUGCCCUGGCCACACAGCAGCCAGAUAUGGAAUCGCCCCCCGCGGAGGAUGGGCAAUUGCCUUGGGCCGCCGCCAUCCAAGCCAUCAAGACCUUCUUUUUCAAGUGCUGGAGUCUGAAUAUUGAUACCAAGGAGUACGCCUAUCUCAAGGGGACCGUGCUCUUUAACCCAGACCUGCCAGGCCUGCAAUGCGUGAGAUACAUUGAGAGCCUUCAGUGGAGAACUCAGCAGAUCCUCAAUGAGCACAUCACCAUGAUGCAGAGAGAAUACCAGACCAGAUCCUCCGAAUUGAAUAGCGCCCUUUUCCUGCUGAGAUUCAUCAAUACCGAUGUCAUCACUGAACUCUUCUUCAGGCCCAUCAUUGGCACAGUCAGCAUGGAUGAUAUGAUGCUGGAAAUGCUCUGUUCCAAGUUGUAA